UCGACUGUCGGAAAUAAUUCAAGGAUGGUUCUUACUAAGGAGUACCGCAUUUGCAUGCCGCUCACUACGGAAGAGUAUCGCAUUGGUCAACUAUACAUGAUCGCCAGACAUAGUCAUGAACAAUCCGAUAACGAUGAAGGAGUGGAAGUGGUUGAAAAUACUGUCUGUGAGGAUCCUGUUCACGGAAAGGGUCAAUAUACUGAGAAAAGAAUCCAUCUGUCUAGUAAACUCCCUUAUUGGAUUCAAUCCAUCUUGCCACGAAUAUUUUAUGUGACAGAAAAAGCAUGGAACUAUUAUCCCUUUACUAUAACAGACUACACUUGUUCCUUUAUGCCAAAGUUUCAUAUAGCGAUAAACACACGGUAUGAAAACAAUAAUGGCUCCACAGAAAAUUGCUUAGAGCUGUCACCCAUGGAAUUGAUCCAUCGAGAAGUCGAUUUUGUAGAUAUUGCAUAUGACGAACUCUCCGCAAAACAUUACAAAGAGGAAGAAGAUCCAAAGUACUUUCAAUCGAAAAGAACAGGCCGUGGCCCUCUGGUUGAAGGUUGGAGGGACACAACACAACCUAUAAUGUGCUCGUAUAAAUUGGUUCAUGCCUCGUUUGAAGUCUGGGGUAUGCAAACGCGAGUUGAAGAUUUCAUACAUAGAUGUAUAAGGGAUAUUUUAGUGUUGGGUCACAGACAGGCAUUUGCCUGGAUUGACGAGUGGUAUGACAUGAACCUGGAAAAUGUACGGCAAUAUGAGCAGAAAAUGCAAAUCGAAACAAAUGAAAAGGUUAGACUGAAAAAUCAACUUGAUGAGAAACAGACCGGUACACCGUCCUCAUCUAUGCCAACUACGCCAAAGUCACCCACACAACGAUCGUGGUUUUCCUGGUCGUAGCCACAAUUAGUGCAACAAUUGAUUUUGAGCUCUGCAGCAGUUUUCUGUCGCUCCGGUUAAUAUUAAAAAAGAAAUGAAUGGCAAUCUCUGUUGUUCAUGCUCAUCUUUUAUCUAUCUUAGAGAAUGCACAAAUCAAUCAUGACAUAUUCUUUAAAUGAACUUUACACUAGUAAUUUAAUUGGUUUUAUUAUAGUAACACACACAACUUACGUAGUUUUCCUUGAAAAAAAGUACAAGAAAAAUAAUUUUAGAAAAUGUAAAUAAAACUUAAAAAUUUGUUAUUAACCUAAUUUUAACCAUAGUAUCUUUUUCGUGAAAGAAAAAUCUAAGAGGAAGAAGAUUAUGAUUUUAAUUUUAAAUAAGAAAAGGCAUCAUAUUAUUUUUAUCAAUAUUAUUUUUAUUAAAGGAAUAUGUCUAAUUGAUUACUGCAUUUUUUGAAAUGUAUACAUAGGCGUAGUUUCAUACACGUUCCAUACAUAAGCUUGCUGUGAAACGAUUUUACGUACUUUCGUAUCAUAGAAUACACCUGAAAAUAUCAUACUCCGUAUGCGAUUACACAGUUAAAUUUUAAGAAUGCCUAAAGGAAAUUGGUUUAAGUCAUUCCACAAAAUGGCAUAUGUAGUUAAAUUUUAAAAUUUAAAUCGUAAAGUUUAAUUGCACAUUUUAGUGCACAUCUUACAUAUGCGAAACGUUUUAUUUACGUUUUGCUCGCGCGCGUUAGCAGUAAAAUAAUUUUAUCGUGUACAAUUUUACGGUGAAUUUAUAAUGUAUGAAAUAUUUU